CGCCAAGAACACUUUUGAAUCCUCGUAUUCUCUGCCUUCGUAUUGCACCUAGACCACUACAUAGUACAUAUGCAGAUGAUGUCAGGCUGGGCUUCUCCUUUAUAGAGCCCCAAAGGCUUCUAGACUUGACAGAGAAUGAUAUAAAAGGCUUCAAUAUCUCUCUCAUUUCGAUAUUACUUCCGAUAAAUCUAACCAUUUCACCAAAGAUUUGCAUCGCCCUUUACAUCACUCUAAUCUCUAAUUAACACAUAACCGCCAUAAUGCUCUUCAAGAACUUCGCCCUCGCAAUUCCCUUCUUCGUCGGAGCUUCAACUGCUCUGCCGCAAGCAACCCCGGGAGCACCACUUUCACCUGACGCCAAGUUCUCGUUAAUGGCUCUUCGAUCUGCCAGCGAGGUCCAUUUUGCCAGUUUCGAAGCGGCCAAGGGUAGUCUCUUUUUGAAGCUUCCCAGCCAGAACGCCUCCUGUGAUGCUGGCCCUGCCGACUACGCUACGUUCUACCUUCAAGAUGGCGGUCUCUACCUCUACGCCGCCUCCGCAACGCCGCAGCAGCUUUACGCCGAUCGUUCUGGAAUGGGCCAGGGUAAGCUCGGAUAUACAACUGGCGCUGAGCCGGCUCCCAGAAAUGGCGAGAGGACUUCCUUCGCGCUCGAUGAAAGCAACGACUUGACGCUUAACGGAGCAGGCUUCCUCGCUUGCCCUAAUAGCAUAGAUGGUGCUUGGAGUGUGUGGGUUUCUACGGGCGUCGACCAGCCUGCUGGAAACCAGGGGUGCCUUGGAAUCUCGGUACGCGCCGUGGAGGUUACUAACCCUAAUGGUUGCCUAUAUACAGAGUAAUUACCUGGUUAAGCCGGUAGAAUCUAACAGGCUAUAUUUAUGUAAAUUGAAUAUCAAUACCUAGGUACAUACGUAAUUACCUAAAUACCUACCUACCUAAUUAUUCUCAAA